AAACCACUGAUUGGUGGUGAGAAGCCAGCGUCAGAGCCCUCUGAGGCUUGGCAAUCUACGGAUCUUGUGCCUUCAUGCAACAGCUCCCGUGGUCGCCUUGAUUUGGAUAGCCCUAGCCAGGUGCCCUCCUCCUUCGAAGCCACUAAUACCGCCGAUGCACCCGAGUAUCCAGCGGGCUGGGUUGGGCAAGAGCGCGACCAAAGAACAGCAUGCUGAGACCGGAGACUCGCUUGAUCCACCGACAGAUGCCAAAGAUAGUAAGGACACACCUGCCGAUAGCAAGCCAAUUGGCGCAUGUGAAGGCAGCGCUAUUGACGAGCAGUCAAAGGCAUCCCGGUCGUCGAACGAGUUCGAUGCUGCAUCGUCGAUGUUUACUGGAACCGACAUCGACGACUACGAGGUUAUAACGCAGUCAUCGCUGGCCGACCAUGCUGCAGGACCAGAUCGCCAAGGAUUCGAUGGCAUAAUGGCCGGAAAGGCUGAGCUCGUCGAGAAAGCUCGUCGCGAGAUUGAGAGCAUGGACGAGCAAGAAGGCGUCGGACUGCUGGACCAGACACCUGAGCUCAGCUACCGUGUGACUUCCAGCAACGCCCGCCACUCGGCCUUUGACGCCAAGAAGAGCCGCGUCCGGUCGUCGUCCAACGCCAUGGCACGCGUCAUUAGCGAUAUCGUACGUGACGGCAAAUCCGCGGCAGCGGGCAACGGGCAGGCACCAAGGCCAAGCUGCAGCGCAAUGGCAAACAGAUAAAGGAGGAUGGACAGCCACUGCUGACCCAGCGGCAUUCAUUUAUGAAUGUCGCACAGCAUAACAGCACUGGUGCCAUCGAUAGCAGCA